AUGGAAGAAGAAGAAGAAAUACGUCCAUUAAACUAUUCAGACGGUGGAGCGAGUAGGCCAAUAAGUCUGCUUGAGACGACAAACAAUUUAAAAAGCUCUCUGAAAAAGCUCUCUCAAAAGGCGAAAGCAUCACACAUUUCUAGCGACCGGAUCCACCAUUUUAGAAAGUGGAAAAACAAAAACGGAUUACUUUCGGAGGAGCACUCAGAGUCUUGUCCAGAGGUGGACUUUCUGUGUUUCAGUAAUUGCCUACAAUCUGCCGCUUCACAUUCGACGGUGUCCAUCUCUCAUAAACUUCCAGAACUGUAUUGGAACGAAGAGCAAUGUCAAUUGGAGAUGGAAAUCUUAAAGUCUCUAAAGAUAAAUCCUAUAAACGAGCGUAGCGCUUUAAAUAAUUAG